UUUUUUGUUUUUUGUUUUUUUACUUUUGCUUUUUGCAGCAGUCGUUGGGAGGAGAAGCAGCGGCGGCGGCAAAAGACGACGGAACAGGAGACUUGCUCCCGUGUGUGCUUCGGAAGGCGGCUGCUUCGAAACGGCGAGGAUGGUCCAGACGGCCGGGGCGCUGUGCGUGCUCGUCUUUUGCUUCCAGGCGGUCUUGGCGCAACCGAGUGACUCAAGCUUCCCUCCUGAAGACCAGGACUCAUCUGGCGAUGAUGAAGAUCCCUUUUCUGGCUCUGGUGAUGAAGUUUCUUCCUCAGUCGUUCCUGCGAUUUCCAAAGGAGAAAGCACAAAUACAUCCUUGAUACCUGCAGUGUCCACUGAUGUGGGAGAUAACCAGCCUGAGGUUCUGGGAACACACAGUCCUGUAGAAGACUAUACGAGAGUAUCUGUACCUCCUAUGAGCACAACCUUGUUUCCAUUAAUUGAUCUCAUGCCUGAAAAGCCAGUGGUAGCUGUUGAAGAGGAUGGCCUGAAUUCCUUUGCUCAGCAAGCAACAACACGGUCCACAGUGAAAACAACAGGGGUCCCAGUCAUUGAUCAUCCUGAUUCCACAGUCAGAGUUACAAGUGCGCAUGCCUCUAGCUCCGGUGGAGUCAUUGAGCCUGAAGACAUCCAUAACAAGCACUAUCUAUCUCAUGCUGAAGAGCAAAGUCCUGCUUUCGUGCCUACAAGUGAGAGAAGUCCAGGUAUCAGUAGCCACACAACAGCGUCCACUGCAGCGUCCACUGCAGCGUCCACUACAGUGUCCACUACAGCGUCCACUAGUGUCUAUGAAGAGAGCUCUUCUCAGCCUGAAAAUGUCUUAAUAUCUGAGGAUGGUUCGGGUGCUGAGGGAGACUUUGUAUUUACUAUACUUGAUGAAACACCAGUAAUAAGAGAUGAAUCUGAAUCGCGCAAUGCAGAAUUGGAUUCAGGAGCACAGGAUUCAAAAUCUGAAGGAGCCCCACAAGGAAUCAUGGACAGGAAAGAAGUUCUAGGAGGGGUCAUUGCUGGUGGAUUAGUAGGCUUGCUGUUUGCUGUUUCCCUAGUUGUGUUCAUGCUGUACAGAAUGAAGAAAAAAGAUGAAGGAAGUUACUCACUGGAUGAGCCAAAGCAAUCCAAUGGUGGCUACCAAAAACCACACAAACAGGAAGAAUUCUAUGCAUGAACAAACUGAACUUCAGACACUUUUCUUCUGUCUCUGGACACCAUGAGUUCUCACUGCAUUUUAAGGGGGGGAAACGAAAAGCCAUAAGACUGAGUUUCAGCCUCUGUCUCCUUGCCAUUGGGAACUACUAUAUUUUUCCAAAGUCAAUCUGGAUGAAUAAAACCCUUAUCUGCUUUCUUGCACAAAGAUUUCCUGAAAAGUAGGACUUCUGUCUUAUCUAUGGACUCCUGGGGGAAAAUAACAAUCCAAUUGUAUAUAGUCUUGAUGUCUUACGACCAUGUCAAGAAAUUAGUAAGGUACAAUGUGUGUGUAUUAAAGACGCUUCCUCCUUC